GAUGUGACUUGGAAUGGAAUUCGCCGUGUGGGUGGGUCGGUUUGGGUCGGCGGUGUUGGGUGGUAAACAAUAGGUAAUAGUAGUAGGAGAUGGCUAGCUGGCUAAUGAAAAGGAAGUGAACUAGUCGGCGAGGAGGAAUGAGGAACAAAAGGUGUGAUAUUAUUGAGCUUUAAGAUUCUAUAGUAAAUGAUCUAAUUAUUUGACAAAAAAAAAACAAGAUUGGUAGUUUCGAAAAAGCCAGAAAAUUCAUGUUAUACUUGUUUUGGCCCUGUCCCUUAGCAAGUAGCAAGGUGGACACUCAUCUCCAAGAGUAAAUAAAUUGGGCUUGGAGACUCAACGGUAAAUUUUUAUUUCAAUAUCAAAAGAAAGAGUUGGGCGAUCAUAGUUAACCCUUUUCUUUCCUGAUUUUUCGAGCUCUUAUGGAUAUAGUCCGUCAGGUUGGUUUGUUUGUAAACAAACCCCAAAAAGAGUCGAAACCUCGUAAAUAAACAUACCAAGUGAGAAGAAUGGAAUUGGCGAACAGUUUUCUGAGAAAGAAAAUAAAAAAUCUGAAUAAAAAAAUUCAAUUCUUACUGGUUAUAGUCUGUCUCUGUCUCUGUUUGUUUCUGUAUGUGUUUUCUAGCUUUGGCCUUGGAUAACUAGUAUUAUCUUAUCAUACUAAGAAACAAAGAGAAGUGAGAAAGUGAGAAAGAAAGAGAGAGAAAGAGAGAGAGAGAGAGAGAGAAAAGAGGCUCCACCGAAAUGAGCGAGAUACAUCAUGGUGAAGGAUUGAUAGGCUUUGCAUGGAUCCUGCAAGACCCAAACUGGAUUGUUGAACAACACAGGAGGAAUUCGUAGAAACUCAUCAUCAAAGGAAUAAUUUUUUUGGAAACGAAGACCGAAAACGAAGCAAAAAAAGGUUUCAAGACUUUAGUAUGUGCGAGAAAAGGGACAUGGCUGUGCCUGUUGUGGCACAACCAAAAGUCUACUUGGCAGGAGACUUGGUGUUUCGACCCAAUGCGUAUGCUCUGUUUGAAGAAUUGAAAGCUAUUUGUCGUCAAGUCGGUGUUGUUGGAAUGGCACCCUUUGAUGGCCAAGAAGAAGUGGAAGAUAUGGAGCCAGGGAUUGCUACGAGUUUGGCGAUUGCUACCUUGGAUAGAAAGCUGAUGGACUUUUGUGAUGCCGGUAUCUUUUGCUUAGACCCUUUCCGAAGAGGACCCGACAUGGAUCCAGGGACUGCUGUCGAGUUGGGGUACAUGAGCGCGCAAGGAAAACCGCUUGCUGGCUUCACCGUGGAUGGGAGAACUUAUCCUCAGAAGGUACAGGCUUAUCGAAAAGAUGCCUGGGGCGACGAGCUGUUCCCCCGAGUUUCCAAAGGAGGAUCUGGCUCUCUAGAAGAUGCUGAUGGGCUCAUUGUGCAUUCCGAAGGCAUGGUGCAAAAUAUCAUGGUUGAGGGAUUUAUUCGAAUGUCCGGAGGUAUCGUUGGCAUUCAUGACUCUAUUCACGAGGCCUUUCGAAUUGCCAUCACUGCCUUGGCCCAAAACCUCACCCAACGAAUCAAGCAAGCAUGAGCUAUGACUCUUUCCUGGAAUAGCUUUCGAGCGGUAUACGUAGAAUCCGUUCAUUGCAGAGUCAUCUUUCUUUCAAUGUUUCAGUAUUACAUGUUCAUGCUUUUUAGUUUUUCUUUUUGCACUCUUCUUUUCAAAAGGCUUUUUCAUGGCACAAAUAUGACAGAUCCAGCAAACCACUCUAUGAUUGCUCCUUUCCAGUAGAAACAAUUUACAAACUUUUCAUACCUAUUACUCCCCCAAACUUCAUGAAUAACAAUGUCUUAUUACUUAGUCCUAAUGAAAAAUCAUAAACUGACCAUUCCAAGGUUUCUUUCUCUACUUUACUUGAAUAAAUGUUAUUUUUUUUUUCUUUUUUUUUUUCCUUUGAAAAAGUAAUUCAUUUUGCACUUUGUAUGCCCUGAUUCUCUCUCCGUAUACCCUCCUUAAAGA